AUGACAUUCGAAGAGUUCUGUGGAGGUCCUUUUUGGGACGACAAUCUAACAUGGCGGCCGGAAGAUCCAGACCUGACGUUCUGCUUCCAGCGUAUAAUCCUCCAGUGGGUUCCGUGCUUCUUUCUGUACGUGUUUGCCAUCUACGAAGCAAACAAAAUAGUAACUAGUCGCUACCGGGACAUUCCCUGGAAUUGGUGUAAUUGUUCCAAAAUCGCCAUCUCAUGCCUGCUCAUGAUACUCUCCUGGAUCGACCUGGGAAUGGUUGUCAACUAUCACCAGCAAACGGAUGUGUUUGACGUUCAAAUAUUAGUUGCGAUUUUCAAUGCUAUGGCCUAUAUCACUGUCAUCGUGCUGUACUACUUCUUCCGUAGGUACGGUAUACGUACUUCAGGAACGGUUUUCAUAUUCUGGUUCUUGAAGGCUUUCUUCGGAAUCAUACAAAUGAGAACGGAAGCCAUGCUUCACGCGGAGCGUGACUCCCCCAUCGGAGCAAGCGGCAUCGUAAUCUUCGCUGAAUACCAAUUCGUUAGUUACACACUUCAGUAUUCCUUCAUUUGUUUGAUGGUCCUACUAGAGACUCUACCGGAUCAAGCACCCCGCUAUAGCGACUUUCCGAAGAUAAAAACUCCUAACCCCGAGUUGAAAUCAAGCUUUUUCGUAAAGCUACUAUUCAUGUACUUCGAUGCUUUCACCUGGCGAGGAUUCCGGAAACCAUUGACCGAAGGCGAUAUGUAUGACCUAAAUCCGGAAGACACCUCUCGGGAAUUGGUUCCCCCGUUCGAUAAGUACUGGUACGAGAGUGUCGAGAAGGGACGCCGAAAACAGAUCGCCGCCGAUAAAAAGGCUGGUAAAGUGAAUCCCGUUUAUAAACCGCACGCGGCAACCAACGGUUCGACUCUACCGGCGAUGGUUAAAGCAUAUGGAGGACCAUUUUGGUUUGCCGGUUUGCUACAGUUUUGUAUUUCUGGAUUACAAUUUGCCUCUCCGUAUCUUAUGCAAGAGCUGAUGAUCAACAUUGCGACCGAUGGACCAUUCUGGUUAGGUAUGAUCAUCACCUUUGGGUUGUUCCUAACUUCUUUGCUGAUAGCAUUGUUUAAUGGACAAUACUUCCGAAAGACGUUCCUGAUUGGGUUCAGAAUUCGCACCGGACUGAUCAGUGCCAUUUACCGAAAAGCUCUGCGUAUUUCCAGCUUAGCAAAGAAGGAUACCACGGUUGGAGAAAUCGUUAACCUAAUGGCAGUUGAUGCACAUCAAUUCUUCGAGUUAAUUCCCUAUCUACAUGUGCUGUGGUCUGCACCGUUAACUAUCGGACUCUGUAUUUACCUCCUGUACGAGAUUCUGGGUCCUUCUGUGUUUGCAGGGUUGGCAGUCAUGGUGGUGAUGGUUCCGAUCACUGGAUUCAUUACAAAAAAGCUAGAAGGCUUACAGGUCGAACAAAUGCGUAUCAAGGAUGAGCGUGUUAAGAAAAUGAACGAAAUUUUAAGCGGUGUUAAAGUGCUUAAACUAUACGCUUGGGAACCCAGUUUCGAGAAGGAUAUUGUCAAGGUGCGAUCCGGAGAAAUACGCGUUCUACGAGGCAUGGCAUACUACAAUGCCGGUAUUUUCUUUGUGUGGACCAUGGCACCCUUCCUGGUCACGUUGGCUUCGUUCACCGUUUACGUCCUUGUAGACGAAAACAAUGUUCUCGACCCAACAACGGCAUUCGUUUCGUUGGCUUUGUUCAACAUUUUAAACUUCCCACUGAACAUGUUCUCGAUGAUGAUUGCAUUUGCCAUACAAGCCUGGGUAUCGGUUAAGCGUAUAAACAAGUUUAUGAACAGUGAAGAGAUAGACCCAAGCAAUGUCACCAAAAACCCCAGCGACGACGCCUUGUUAAUCAAAGACGGUACAUUCACCUGGGGUGAGGAGACACCAACGUUGAAAAACAUCAACCUGGCAGUGAAGAAGGGCAAACUAUCGGCGGUGGUAGGAACUGUCGGUACAGGAAAGAGCUCACUGAUAUCCGCUUUGUUAGGCGAAAUGGAAAAGACAAAGGGCACAGCAAACACGGACGGACGAAUUGCCUUUGUACCGCAACAAGCAUGGAUUCAGAACGCAACCCUUCGAGAAAAUAUUCUCUUCGGGAAACCGUUUCAUGCGCAGAAAUAUGACCGUGUACUGGAAAGUUGUGCUUUAAAACCCGACCUGGAGAUGCUACCCGGUGGUGAUGCAACGGAAAUCGGUGAAAAGGGAAUAAAUUUAUCGGGCGGUCAAAAACAACGAGUUGCGCUAGCCAGAGCAGUGUACGCCGAUGCAGAAAUCUAUCUCUUCGACGAUCCACUUAGUGCGGUCGAUGCUCAUGUUGGUAAACAUAUCUUCGAGAAUGUGAUUGGACCACAAGGAAUGCUGGUUGGUCGUUCAAGACUUUUGGUAACACACGGAAUAUCGUUCCUUCCAUUCGUAGAUGAAAUUCUCGUUAUGAAAAAUGGAGAGAUCUCUGAAAGUGGUACUUACAAGCAAUUGCUCGAACAAAAGGGAGCGUUUGCCGAGUUCCUAAGUCAGCAUAUACAGGAGCUGGAUGAGGAAGACGAUGAGCUGCAAAUCAUUCAGGAAGUCCUAAAUGAUGAUGUUACUCGAAAUAUUGUUCAACGUGCAAUGUCCGUACGGUCCAACAAGUCCAGCGGAAGUGGAGGAAGCAAACCCAGAAGGCAGGUCAGCCGUCAAGAAUCUCGCAAUAGUAACAAACCAGCUGAGUUCCAAGCAACUGCAAAAGUCGGAACGGUACUGAUCGAAAAAGAAGAAUCAGCCACAGGAGGAGUCAGUUAUCUUGUUUAUUUAAAAUAUUUCAAAGCAAUCGGAUGGAAUCUGGCAUUUUGGUCAAUUUUUUUCAGCAUCCUCAACCAAGCAUCGUCGCUGUACGGAAGCAUUUGGUUAACUGAGUGGUCUGAGGACCCUAAGGCUGCCACCGACCCAUCAGUGCGUGAUAUGUACCUUGGUGUUUAUGGUGGCCUGGGAGGAAUUCAGUCGAUCGCUUCCCUUAUUGCAUCUGUUACUCUAGCAUUAGGAUGCUUGAAAGCAGCUAAUGCAAUGCACAAUAACUUGCUGGAAAGUACACUACGCAUGCCAAUGUCUUUCUUCGAUACGACCCCUCAAGGACGCAUCAUGAAUCGCUUUUCCAAAGACGUCGACAUAGCUGAUAACGCCCUUCCCAAUACCAUUCGCAUGUGGUUGUUGAUGUUUUUCAAUGUGAUUGGCGUGUUCAUCGUGAUCGGUAUUUCCACUCCAAUUUUUCUUGCGAUUGUACCGGUAUUCCUUGUCAUCUACUACGUAAUUCAGGUAAUCUACAUUGCAACUUCUCGUCAACUGAAACGUUUGGAGUCGGUCACUCGAAGUCCAAUUUACUCACAUUUUGGCGAGAGCAUUACUGGUCAGUCGACAAUCCGUGCCUAUGGCGAACAGGAACGAUUCACAAAAGAAUCUGAACAACGAGUAGACUACAACCAGACAAUGUCGUAUCCUAGCAUAAUUGCAAAUCUUUGGCUGUCGAAUCGUUUGGAGAUUGUUGGGGCACUAGUUGUUUUCUUUGCAGCUCUGUUUGCAAUGCUGAGUCGUGAAACUAUUGGAGUUGCUAUGGUUGGGUUAUCAGUCACUUACGCGCUAAGCAUUUCAAUGGCUCUAAGUUUUCUAGUUCAAAUGACAACUGAGGUAGAAACGAAUAUCGUAGCGGUUGAACGUUUGGAAGAAUAUACUGUGUUACCUCGGGAGGCUCAGUGGAAGAAGGGAACCGUUGACAAAUCCUGGCCAGAUCAAGGAAAAGUAGAAUUUGCUGAUUUUAAAAUUCGUUAUCGAGAAGGAUUGGAGCUUGUCAUUAGAGGUAUUUCGUUGCGUGUCGAUGGAGGCGAGAAGAUUGGUAUCGUGGGUAGGACGGGUGCCGGCAAAUCUAGUCUGACACUAGGAUUAUUCCGCAUAGUAGAAGCGGCUGGUGGUCAGAUCAUAAUUGAUGGGCUGGACAUCUCACAGAUGGGACUGCAUCAAUUACGAAGUCGACUAACUAUAAUUCCUCAAGAUCCGGUUCUGUUCUCGGGUUCGCUACGAAUGAAUGUUGACCCGUUCCGAAGUUAUUCUGACGAUCAGGUUUGGAGGGCACUAGAGUUGUCCCAUCUGAAAUCCUUUGUUAAAGGACUAUCAGCUGGUUUGGAGCAUGAGAUAGCGGAAAAUGGCGAGAACUUGUCCGUUGGUCAACGACAGCUGAUUUGUCUAGCGAGAGCCAUCCUCCGUAAAACUAAGGUACUCAUACUGGAUGAAGCAACCGCUGCUGUUGAUUUGGAAACCGACGAUCUAAUACAGAAAACAAUCCGGUCAGAGUUCGCCGAUUGUACCAUUCUAACGAUUGCCCACCGUCUGAAUACCAUUUUGGACUCGGAUCGCGUGUUGGUGCUGGACAAGGGUCUUGUAGCUGAGUGUGAUAGUCCGCAGAAGUUGUUAGCUGAUAAAAAUACUAUUUUCUACGGUAUGGCAAAGAAUGCGGGAAUCGUGAGCUAA